GAACAACCAAAUAGGCUUCAAAGAAAAACAUCAGCUGGUAUGAGGUGUCAAUACCCCCCUGGCCAAUUAGAGAACGUACAGGGACCUCGAAAUCUCACGAACACUGACCCGUACGGAGCCGUCAUGAGGUAUUUGGUGACACGGCAUGAUUUGCAUCAGUUCAUCGAGUGCUGUAUGAGUGCAGUCGGUGCCAGGAGCUGUCAUGGGGCAGCACUGGCCGAUGUGCUGGUGGAGGGAGAUUAUCGAGGACAUUACAGCCACGGACUCAACAGACUUGAUAUGUACGUGAAGGAUCUGAAAACUGGAAUCUGCGCAAAGGAUGGAGACCCAACAAUUGUAAAGUGCACGGCAGCCACUGCACUGGUGAAUGGCAAUAACCUGAUUGGACCCAUUGUUGGGAACUUCUGCAUGGAACUUGCCAUCGCAAAGGCCAAGCAAGUGGGAAUAGGCUGGGUGUCAGCUUACGGUUCUAACCACUUUGGCAUUGCUGGAUUUUAUUCCAUGCAAGCUCUGAAAUGUGGUCUCAUUGGGAUGUCUUGUACCAACACCUCUCCACUGGUGGUGCCAACCCGAGGAAAGGAGUGUACUCUGGGAACCAAUCCUAUCAGUGUGGCAGCUCCAGCCCUGGAUGGAGAUAGCUUUGUGUUGGAUAUGGCCACAUCAGCAGUGGCUUUGGGAAAGAUAGAAUUUCAACACAGACGUGGAGAGGAGGUUCCGGUAGGAUGGGGCUGUGAUCCUGAUGGCAAGGACACCACUGAUCCAGCAAAAAUUUUGAGUGGAGGGGGUCUGCUGCCUCUGGGAGGAAACGAGGCUACAAGUGGAUACAAAGGCUAUGGAUUGAGUAUGAUGGUGGAGAUAUUUUGUGGAAUUCUAGCGGGAGGUCAUUACAGUAAAAACGUCCGCCGCUGGAAGGAGACAGACUCGGUGGCUGACUUGGGACAGAGUUUCUUUGCCUUGGAUCCAGAAUGUUUCGCUCCAGGUUUCGAGUCGAGGAUGUCAGAUCUGCUCAAACUGCACAGAAACCUGGAACCGAGCGAGCCUGGGCUGGGUGUCCUCGUGCCCGGAGACCCGGAGCAGCAGCACAUGGCCGAGUGUGAUCGUCACGGCGCCAUUCCAUACCAUGUCAACGUGGUGGACCACAUGAACUCGAUGGCGAGGGAGCUGGGGGUUGAGCCGCUGCCGACAACCCGCACUAUUGACCCCUAGUCUGCAGCCGCUGGCACGACCACCUCGCUCUCCCAGAGAGUGGCGGUGGGGCAGGACCAGGUCCACAUCCUCGCGUGUUCCUGCCGGUGCCUCGGUUAGGUCAUAAGUGAUAGGAGCAGAAUCAGGCCAUUUGGCCCAUCAAGUCUACUCUGCCAUUCAACCAUGGCUGACCUAUCUCCUAACCCCAUUCUCUUGCCUUCUCCCCAUAACCUCUGACACCUGUACUAAUCAAUUAUCUAUCUAUCUCCAUGCUUAAAAAUAUUCACUGACUUGGCCUUCACAGCCGACUGGCAAAUAAUCCCACAGAUUCACCACACUCCGAGUAAAAUUCCUCCUCAUCUUCUUCCUAUAGGAACAUCCUUUAAUUCUUAGGCUGUGUCCUCUGGUCGUAGACUCUCCCACUAGUAAAAACAUCCUCUCCCACUCUAUCCAAGCCUUUCACUAUUCUGUAAGUUUCAAUGAGGUCCCCCCUCACUCUUCUAAACUCCAGUAAGUACAGGCACAGUGCCGUCAAACACUCAUCAUAGGUUAACCUACUCAUUCCUGGGAUCAUUCUUGUAUACCUCCUCUGAACCCUCUCCAGAUCAAGCACAUCCUUCCUCAGAUAUGGUGCCCAAAAUUGCUUAAAAUACUCCAAAUGCGACCUGAUCAGCGCCUUAUAGAGCCUCAGCAUUACAUCCCUGUUUUUGUAUUCUAGACAUCUUAAAAUAAAUGCUGGCAUUACAUUUGACUUCCUUACUAACGAUUGAACUUGCAGAUUCAUUUUUUGGGAAUCCUGCCUCAACACUCCCAAGUCUCUUUGCACCUCCGAUUUCUGUAUUUUCUCCCCAUUUUGAAAAAAGUCUACGCCUUGAUUCCUACGACCAAAAUACAUGACUCCACACGUUGUUACACUAUAUUCCAUCUGCCACGUCUCUGCCCACUCUCCCAACCUGUCCAACUCCUUCUGCAGAGUCCCUGCUUUCUCUACACUACCUGGCCCUCCACCUAUUGUCGUAUCAUCCGCAAACUUGGUCACAAAGUCUUCAAUCCCCUCGUCCAAAUCAUUAAUAUACAACGUGAAGAGCAGCGGCCCCAGCACCAAGCCCCAGAGUUCCGCUAGUCCCUGGAAGCCAACCAGAAACAGACCCCUUAGGUCAUAAGUGAUAGGAGCAGAAUCAGGCCAUUUGGCCCAUCAAGUCUACUCUGCCAUUCAACCAUGGCUGACCUAUCUCCUAACCCCAUUCUCUUGCCUUCUCCCCAUAACCUCUGACAGCUGUACUAAUCAAUUAUCUAUCUAUCUCCAUGCUUAAAAAUAUUCACUGACUUGGCCUUCACAGCCGACUGGCAAAGAAUCCCACAGAUUCACCACCCUCCGAGUAAAAUUCCUCCUCAUCUUCUUCCUAUAGGAACAUCCUUUAAUUCUUAGGCUGUGUCCUCUGGUCGUAGACUCUCCCACUAGUAAAAACAUCCUCUCCCACUCUAUCCAAGCCUUUCACUAUUCUGUAAGUUUCAAUGAGGUCCCCCCUCACUCUUCCAAACUCCAGUAAGUACAGGCACAGUGCCGUCAAACACUCAUCAUAGGUUAACCUACUCAUUCCUGGGAUCAUUCUUGUAUACCUCCUCUGAACCCUCUCCAGAUCCAGCACAUCCUUCCUCAGAUAUGGUGCCCAAAAUUGCUUAAAAUACUCCAAAUGCGACCUGAUCAGCGCCUUAUAGAGCCUCAGCAUUACAUCCCUGUUUUUGUAUUCUAGACAUCUUAAAAUAAAUGCUGGCAUUACGUUUGACUUCCUUA